AAUGUUCCUGAUGUAUUUCUCCUUACUCUGAGGCGGCGGCUUGCAACCAAGAGCGCUCUCACUCCCGAGCACAGAAGACUUGCAGGGGGGAACCAUGUCGCCCACCAGACUCGUGCUGCUGCUCCUGGUGGCCUGCGCCGUGCGGACGGGCCUGUCCCUCAAGCUGUACAAAGCCGAGUCUCUCUUCAGCUGCAUCAACGCCGCCCUCUCGGAGGCUGAGAAGAGCCGCCUGGAGGAAAACUCCCUCGUGGACAGGAGGAGUUUCGACUCCCCGCCUGGGAAGGAGGCACCCUCGCAGCAGGAGGAAGAGGAAAAGGAGAAAAGGACGUUCCCAGGGGAUGCCCGUUACAAAUACCUCUCCCAGGCGCACCUCAAGAGGAAGAUGUACCAGAACCGGGCCAAGCCCGACCGGCGCACCAAAUUCACCCUCUCCCUCGACGUGCCCACCAACAUCAUGAACAUCCUCUUCGACAUCGCCAAGGCCAAGAACUUGAGGGCAAAGGCCGCCGCCAACGCCCACUUGAUGGCUCAAAUCGGGCGGCGGAAGUGA